ACUGCUGCCUGCUGUACUGUUACAACAGCGCUCUCUGCACUACACGAUGACACUUCACUGGACUAUGCAAUAAGGAUUUCCGUCUCUGCAGUGAUUUGUCGCGCCCUGAGGGGACCGUUAUAUUUACGAAAAAAGUUUUAUACCACAUUUCCAGUCCCAUUUAUUUUUCCAAGAUGCCACGCUCGUUUCUUGUCAAGAAACAUUUCAACUCAUCUAAGAAGCCAAAUUAUAGCGAGCUGGAAAGCCCUAUAGUAUUUAUUUCACCGUAUCUCUACAAGGGCCUUCCAUUGCCUGUCAUCCCUCAACCGGAGAUCCUUAGCUCCGUGGUUUACAACCCUAUCACGGUAUGGACUACGAGCAGCUUGCCGUUAUCUCCGCUUUCAAGUGACCUGUCUCCCAUCUCUGGAUACCCCUCAUCGCUCUCUGACACCUCAUCCAAAGACCACAGCGGCUCUGAGAGUCCCAGGAGCGAUGAAGACGAGCGGAUGCUUACCAAACUAACAGACCCUCAUGGAGUGGAGGCAGAGAAAUUCCAAUGUAGUUUGUGUAAAAAGUCKUAUUCUACUUAUUCRGGACUGCUGAAGCAUAAGCAACUGCACUGUGACGCUCAGACGAGGAAAUCAUUCAGUUGUAAAUACUGCGAAAAGGAGUACGUCAGUCUUGGAGCGCUAAAAAUGCACAUCAGAACUCACACUUUGCCUUGUGUCUGUAAAAUAUGUGGCAAAGCUUUCUCAAGACCGUGGUUGCURCAGGGACACAUCAGAACGCACACUGGAGAGAAGCCCUUCUCCUGCCCCCAUUGCAGUAGGGCUUUUGCGGACAGGUCCAACCUCAGGGCACACCUACAAACCCAUUCGGAUGUGAAAAAAUACCAAUGCAAGAACUGUUCCAAAACUUUCUCCAGAAUGUCUCUUCUGCACAAGCAUGAGGAAUCUGGUUGUUGUGUAGUACAUUGAGACUGCUGGGCUGGGAUACAGUGCCACCGCCAGAGACCUCUGGUACUUUUCAGUCCUCAAUAACUGUUCAGGGGAUAUUACAUACUGAGGCUUUGUUUCCAAAUAUGCAAGACUUUCUUUGACUGAKUGCCUGAAUGACAAUCCAUUUAAUAUCAGUGUAAAAACAAAUACUCUCUGUCAUGUGCUUUUCAUUUUAAGCAGGUUUUUUUUCUCCUAUUGCAAUCAGUGUUGAACUAUACAGUAUGUUAGUUAUACCAUGUGCCAUUCUGUCUGUACAUUUCAUGUACUUUUGGGCAGGGGCGCAACUUUGGUUUUAGAAGUGGGGGGACAUAAUUAUAUAUKUUUUUUUUGUCCAGUCGGAUAAACACUCCAAGCAGUCUACCCGACCGCUUGGAGGAGUCUGUAUGGUCCAUAAGCACACCGUUGCCUCGUUUGGUAUCACAUUCCAAUGAUAAAACUGGGGGGGGUCAAAAAUGCAUGUCCCCCGUCCCCAGGGAAGUUGCGCCCAUGCAUUUGGGAAGUGGAGAGAUAUGAAAUAAUGUGCCUUCUCAAAGAUUUUGAUGUUCUGACCAAUCUCUCUUAGAGGAUAUGUUUCUGCUUAUGUCAUAUUCUUUUUGUUUUCUUAAGAAACCACAUAGUUAUUCCAAGUGGACAUGGUGUAUGGAAACAAACGAUAGAGACAGAGCAGUGCACAACCAAUGAAAUAUUAGAAGCCAUCAUAACUUAGGGAACAAGUGCAAAGAUGUAUUUUUAGGGUGAAAGUAUUACAAUUCCUGCACAAUCAUGACACAGCAACUGUUUUGCUCAAGAUAGCAAUACUUUUAUCAAGUGCCUCACUUCGCCUUGGCAAUUAUGUAGUUUUUCUAAAAAAAUAUGUUGCAUUUAUAUUUUUAUAUAUUUGAAUGUAAGUGUGAAUAAGAUGAUUGUAUUUUUGACAGUGUGAAUUGUGAUACUGAAUGAAUGAUUUGAUUAUUUUUAAGAUGCUUUUUAAAAUAAAGGUUCAUGAAAUGUU